AUGGAGCGGAGCGCGUUCCACGAGCUGCCCAUCGAGCCGCGGGGCAUACUCUGGGAAGACAACUUCAUUGACGCCGCGCACGAGCAGCGGCUGAUCUCGACCUUCCGCGCGCUAGAAUGGCCUGAUCGGCCCGGACGCAUAUCGCUGCACUAUGGCUACACCUUCGACUAUAAGACCUUCGGGAUCGACCCGGACAUCCCCUACAAGGACUUCCCCGAGUGGCUGCGGCCGCUGAUUCCCACCACCGAGUCUCGCGCGCCAGACCAAGUGUGCUUGCAAUAUUACCCGCCCGGGAGUGGGAUCCCGCCGCACUCGGACGCGCAUAUGGCGUGGGACCAGCUGUAUGCGUUGUCGCUGGGGGCACCGGCGGUGAUGCAGUUCCGCCGGGGGGAGCAGCGGGUUGAUAUUGAUUUACGUCCGCGAAGCAUGAUGAAGAUGACAGGGGAUUCGAGGUUGCAUUGGACGCAUGGGAUCAAGAAGCGCAAGAACGAUAUUCUGGCUGACGGGACGGUAAGGCCCCGGGGGAACGGUGGAGUAUUACGUACCGUUGGGCUAGAGAGGGAGAGUGUGAGUGUGGGAAUCUGGAACUGUGCGAUGUUGCUCAGCGACGACAUGGGAUGGAGAAAGAGAAACGAUCAGUGA